CCGUUGGCGCCCAUGUUUUUGCGUACUCAAAAAUCCUGCUGCACAAAAAAACUUUCUGCUCAUCAAAAACACUCUUCUUCUCUCUGUUUAUAAAAUUGGGUUUUACGUGCUUGAUUGGUAUACAGAUAAAAAAAAAAUGGUCAGAUUCGCUCACAACCUCAAAUCUUCCUCUACAACAAAGUUGGUCUGUUUGAUAUCCAUUGCAGCUCUUCUCGGAGCUGCUCUCAUAGCUGAUUUUCUCUACGCUUCCUCAACUUCUCUUUCUUCCUCGUCUUCUGCGAAAUCUGGGAUUAUUGUUGUACCAAACCAAGACACCGACAUAGCUAGUAAGAAACAAGGUGUUUUGGAAGAUAAAGAGAAGAGAUUCUUAUCAGCAACUUUUGCUGAUUUAGCUGCAUCUGAUUUACCAUGGGAGGAAAUGCCACCUGCCCCGGUGCCUCGCCUUGACGGAGCUGCGGUACAGAUUAAGAAUCUUUUAUACGUUUUUGCAGGAUAUGGCUCUAUUGACUAUGUGCACUCUCAUGUGGAUGUAUUCAACUUUACCAGUAACAAGUGGGGAGAGAGGUUUGACAUGCCAAAAGAGAUGGGGCAUUCACAUUUAGGAGUGGCAACUGAUGGGAGAUACAUAUAUGUUGUAUCAGGGCAAUACGGACCACAGUGUAGAGGCCCUACAGCUCGUACAUUUGUGCUUGACACCGAGACCAAGAAAUGGAAGACUAUGCCUGAUCUACCCGCCCCUCGGUAUGCUCCAGCAACACAGUUAUGGAGAGACAGACUCCAUGUGAUGGGAGGAAGCAAAGAGAACCGCCACACACCAGGUCUGGACCACUGGAGUAUUGCGGUGAAGGACGGCAGAGCAUUAGAGAAACAAUGGCGGGAAGAAAUUCCAAUCCCACGUGGUGGACCUCAUAGGGCUUGUGUAGUUGCCAAUGAUCGGCUCUUUGUUAUCGGUGGUCAAGAGGGUGAUUUUAUGGCCAAACCUGGCUCACCUAUCUUCAAGUGUUCACGCAGGCACGAGGUGGUUUACAGUGACGUCUAUAUGUUGGAUGAUGAAAUGAGAUGGAAAGUUCUUCCUCCAAUGCCAAAGCCAAACUCUCAUAUAGAGUUUGCUUGGGUGAUUGUAAACAAUUCAAUCAUCAUCACAGGAGGCACCACAGAAAAGCAUCCAAUUACCAAGAGGAUGAUCCUGGUUGGGGAGGUCUUCCAAUUUCAUCUAGACACUCUGAGAUGGUCAGUGAUUGGGAAGCUUCCUUAUCGUGUGAAAACCACAUUAGCCGGUUUUUGGGAUGGUUACUUGUAUUUUACAUCAGGACAGAGGGACAGAGGACCAGACAAUCCGCAACCAAAGAAGGUCAUUGGAGAUAUGUGGAGAACUAAAUUGACUUUGUGAUCUCAUUUGUCACAGGAAUCCCAAUAACCCCAAGUCUUUUCUUUCUUUCUUUCUUUUUUUUUUUUGGGUAACUUGAGGUCAAUUUUACUUUAUCUGGUAAUUCUUAAACGCUAUUUCGUUGAUUGA